GUGAAAGACUUAACACAACAUUAAGAACAAUAAGAGGCAAACUAUUGUCAUUACCGUGACUAAUCAUCAUCUAAAAGUGAAGCAUUUUACAAUUAGAUAAGAAAACAAAAGAAAUAAUUUUGUUGGAAGGCUUUGACCCAGACAGAUACGUUUCAUAUGUUAAUAACAUAAACAACAGCUAGUUUUGAUCGACAACAAGUUCAAUAGCAAAAAAUUGAAGGCCGAUAUUUAACGUUAAAACAAGGACUUCUCACAUUAAGUCAAGACUAAACAAAAGUGUUCCUGAAUCGUUGUUUAAAAUCAUCUUUGAAAACUGAUUGAAGUUAUAAUAUAAAUAAAAAAUAAAUUAUCGAUAGUCGAAAACAUUCGCAUCAAAAAUUAACUGAUAAGGCAAAAAGAGGAAAUGAAUUUGAAAGAACGAAUUCUGCUUCAAACCUUUGCAGUGUUAACAGUAUUAAACGUUGUUUGUUUGCAAGAUGCGACAAGAUUGUCGCUUUCAUCGAAUGAUCUGACUUUAGUCGUGGGUGAAACAAAGAACUUAAGUCUGACGGUUGACGGUUCAUUGAACACUUCUCUGACGAUUUAUUUGUAUGAAGAUGAUGGUCAUGGCCUUAUCAGUAUCACUCCAAAUCAACUGACGAUCCCCGCAAAUUCACAAUCAAACUGGACUCAAGAGAUAAGCUUCUUUGGAGAAAAUCCUGGACACGCAGAAAUUGUUGGCAACGCAACACCAGUUGCAGUCAUUGACGAUUCUAAUUUAUUUGUUCGAAUCAUCGUUGCAAAUUCAUCUUCAAUUAUAUUGAUUUCAUUUAUUGUUGGGUGGAUUUACUUCGUAGCCUGGUCGAUAUCAUUUUACCCACAAAUAUGGAUAAAUAUCAAAAGAAAGUCAGUUGUUGGCUUAAAUUUCGACUUUCUAGCGUUGAAUUUACUUGGACAUACUUUAUAUGCGCUUUUUAAUUGUUCACUUUAUUGGAUAACUACGAUCGAAGAUGAAUAUUUUCAAAGAUUUCCACGUGGUGUCAAUCCCGUUGAGCUUAACGAUGUCUUCUUUUCCAUUCAUGCAUCACUUAUUACAGCUUUUACGAUCUCCCAAUGCUUCAUUUACGAGCGCGGAGAACAACGAGUUUCUAACAUUGCUAGAGGUAUUCUAGGUCUCUUCUUUACUAUCAUCAUUGUUACUUUCAUUUGCUCUGCUGUUGGUGUAUGGCAUUGGCUCGAUUUCUUAAACACUUGCAGUUACAUCAAACUUGCGAUAACGCUUAUCAAAUAUGUGCCUCAAGCUGUUAUGAAUUAUCGUAGAAAGAGUACCGUUGGAUGGAGCAUUGGAAAUAUCAUACUUGAUUUUACAGGAGGUCUUCUUUCAAUGCUUCAGAUGAUACUGAAUUCAUAUAAUUAUAACGAUUGGCAAUCGAUUUUCGGAGACCCAACAAAGUUCGGUCUAGGAUUGUUUUCAGUACUUUUCGAUAUCGUUUUCAUGCUGCAACAUUAUGUUUUCUAUCGAAAUCUUUUGCCAUAUCAACUUAUUCCUGACUCAGAUGAAGAUGCGGAGGAAGAUAAUGAGAAUGUUGAAGAGACGUCCAAAACACGUGAUGAUGAGGCUUAAAACAUCUAGACUAAAUUAGAAUAUAAUUAAUAAUCUUAGAUAUAAGAUCGAAACAAAUGCAGAAAUGAUUUUCGAGUGAAUUGUGUAAUGACAAUAAUUUUAUACAGACCUUACAGUUUAUUAUUUUAUGCAUGCAAGUACUGAACUGAAAAUGUGAUUCCUUUUAGCAAACAUUCAUGACCAUAAAUUUAAAAUAAGAAACAGAAUAAAAUUUUACCCGAAGACUAUUCCCAAGCGACCACUCAUUAAUAACUUCUUCAAACUUUCAUACGUCUCUCUUCUUCAUAUUCUUCACUCAAUAGUUAGUUUCGUUCCAAACGUUGGUCGGUGCUUACAUAAAAGUGUGUCAGUUCUUUUCAUUUCGAGGAAAGAAGAUUGAAAUUUACAAAUAUCAAUUUUAAUUGAAAGAACUACUCGUUUUCUAGCAAUAAGAGACAGUAACGUCAUCAGAUACCUUUAGUUGUUUACUUUCAAGCUUUAAACAAAUCUUACUUACGCAAGCAAUUCAUAAGAGAAUUUUAUCGGAAUUUGGCUUCAUUUAAUAAAAGAGUUGCGACUUCAAUAAUAAUAAUAACAGGAAACAGCAAACGAAGCAAAUAACUUAAUUAAAGAUGGCUUUGGCGCUUUUCAUUCCGCCAUUGGCGAUGAUAUUUUUUGCUUUUUACUUCCUACGUUCAUCGAAAGAAAUGCCGAAGAAUUGGAGAGAAUUUGUUGUUGAGUUGAAGAUUCAAGCUUCUGGCACGCAAGGAUUAGCCGAAGAUACAAUCAUGAGAUAUUGGAAUAAAGUGGAACUAGUCAAGCGACCAAAUAAAAUUGCUGUAAUGACUGGCGGUAAUCGUGGCAUCGGUUUGUGUGUUUUGGAAAAACUUUUAAAAUGCGACAUGACUGUAAUGUUAGGAGGGAGAAAUCCUGAAGCAUCAAAGAAAUCUGUUGAAAGUUAUCUAAAUGAAGAAUUGAUAAAGGGAAAAGUUUUCUAUGAAAAAUGUGAUACUGGCGAUAUGAAAUCAGUGAAAGAGUUUGCGAUGAAAGUUCAAGAAAAGUUUCCAGCAAUUCACUUGUUAAUUAAUAAUGCGGGUGUUAUGUGCACACCUUAUAAAGAAUCAUGUGAUGGAUUUGAAUCUCAAAUGGCUAUCAAUUACUUGGGACAUUUUCUGCUGACGCACUUGCUAAUGCCACAGUUAGUUGUUGGUUCAAAUAAUAAUGACGGAAGGAAUGUGAGAAUUGUGAACGUGUCGUCGUGUGUUCAUAGACUAACGGAUAUCGAUUACAGUGAUUUUCAUUGCCAAAAAUUUUACUAUCCAGCGGAUGCUUAUAACAAAAGCAAAUUAGCUCAGGUUUUAUUCACAAAGUCUCUUGAAAGGUUUUUCUCGGAACAUGAAUUAAAGAUACAAUCACAUUCACUUCAUCCUGGUGUCGUCAAUACUGACCUGUUUGAGCAUUCAAGCACGGAUUAUAUUCCAUGGAUUCGGAAAAUAUUCUUUAAGACGCCUGAAGAAGGUUCAAGGACGGUCGUUUAUGCAGCAAUUUCUCCGAAAUUGGAAGGCGAUGGUGGAACUUACUUAUCUAAUUGUACAAAAUGGAAUUAUCACAAAUCAUCAGAUGAUCCCGUGGAAUGUGAAAAACUUUUCAAUUUUACUUAUGAUUAA